AUGGCAAAUAAAGCGAGCUAAUAUCAAAAGGAGAAAAAUAAACAAAAAACUAGCACCUAAGAAAAUGAAGUUAAGAGCGAAGAAUAAUUUUAGAUAGAAGAGCUAAGGAAAUUGUUGACUGUUCCGCCAGAAGAAAGGACAGAUUAAAAUAUUUAGGAAAUAGCUAAAUAAGUUAGUGGUAUACAAUUUCUUUCGAAAUACAAGCAUUCUUAAGAGUUUAAAGAUAUUUGCAGAUACUUGUAUAUAAAAUCUUUAGACACAAGAUAAUAUGUCUUUAAAUAAGGAGAUAUUGGAGAUGCUUUUUAUAUCAUAUUGAGCGGUGGAGUGACUAUUUACAUAGAUGAACCAACUGAAUAUAAAAAUUUUAUGCAAUUGAAAGAAAAAAAUAGACUUGUAAGAGGAGCAGCCUUUGGUGAAAUAGCACUGAUUACUAAUUCUAAAAGAACUGCGACAAUCAUGGCAAAUCAACCUACAGAAUUGAUUAUUUUAGAAAAAGAUGUGUUUCAAGCUUUUAUUAAAGAAAAAAAGACUUUGCAUUUGCAAAAGCUUUAGUCAUUUUUAGAAAAUAUGAAUUUGUUUACACUUUUACCAGAAAAUAUUUUAUUAGAAAUAACCACAAAAUGUUAAAUAAAAAAAUACCCUUCAAACACUAUAAUUAUGCGAUAAGGUGACGAUGCUGCUGCUAUCUAUUUCGUAAGAAGAGGACAAGUAAAGGCUGUAAAGUGCAUUCCAUUUAAAUAUGAUCCUUUGACCAAGUAAAAAGUACCAUAUGAUAUUUCAGACCCACCUGCUGAUUUUUAAUUGAGCGAAAACUAUGAAAAUAGUGAAGAUUACUAUUACAAAUAAGAUUUCAUAGAAAUAGACGAAUUUAAUGAUGGUGAUGUCUUUGGGGAGUAUUCUGUCUUUUAUUAAGAGGUUUAAGAAUAUAGUGCAAUUAGCUCAACUCCUUGUGAGGUUAUUUAUAUUACUGUGUUUGACCUAAACAAGAUUAUACCUAAGGAAAAUUAUGAAAUGUAUAAGGAGUCUUUAAAGAGGUAUCCAAGUGAUGCUGAUAUCAGAUAAAUAUAUUGGGAAAGAAAACAUUGGCAAGAAUUUAGAAAUAAAAUGAUUUAAAACAUAAAUAUAGAAAAGGAGCAUAGGAGAGGGUUUAUGAAAAACUUGAGGACUUCAAUUCCUAGAUAUAAUAGCAAAUAUAUUCCAUUCAAUUUGAGCGAUAUUUAAAUAUAAGACAAUAACCUCUAUUUUGAAAUUAUGCAGCAAAUGUGCUAAAUUGACGAAGAAAGUAAAUACGAAGAAAAUAUUAAAAAUCUCAGCUUGUCUUACUAGCAAGCAGCGAAAUAGCUUGUUAAUGAUUUAAAUUAGUAAUCUGUUUUUAUUCAAAUUUCUAAAAUUGGCAAAAAAGUGUCUACUCGCUCAUCAAUAGCUUCAAACAGACAGUCAUUUAUGAAUGUAACUCCUAGUAAUCGUGCAUCUAUUAUUGAAUAUUAAUAAUCUCCUAAGCGCAGUUCCAUUUACAGUUUUUAAAAUAAAAGCAAACAGCAGGUACAUCUGCCUCCAAUCUACAAAAGUUAAAAGGAUUUGUAAAAUAAAAUAUCUUCAAAAUUUAUUCAAAUAACAGAGUAAGAUUAAAUAAAAUGA